GAAAAUGACAAUUGUAUUCGUAUCCUAAUCGUUGUUAUCUGUGGAGUGCUAUGUUGUUAAUUUUUCACGCACUGGCUUUAAAAAAUUGAUAGGGUAUUUUUCAAUAAAGUAGAUAAAAAUGGAUAUAACACCAUUAUUUAAAGCUUGCAUAAAAACUGUGAAAACGCGGAAUAAAACCUUUGGCAUUCAAAGUCCAAUCAGUGAAGAUAAACAGCGUAUUUUGCGUACAAAACCUAAAAGUGGUUUCAUGACUACAGCUAAAGAUAUAACAUGCCAGAUCACAAGAUUAAGAGAUUUUCUUUUGGAGCACAGGGAGAAAUAUUUAAGUUUUUUUAAUAACGUCACGGGUGAUGAGAUGACUGAAUCUGAGAGAGAUCAAAUAGAUACCGGAGCUCAAAGAAUCAUUAACACAUGUUCACACCUAUUGAAAGAAUUUCGAAACGACAAUCGUAAACAUUCUGUGUCCCACCAGAUGCGUGACUAUAUGGAUGGAGUAAUAGAACUCAUUGAUAUGUAUCUGAAAGCUGUUUGUAAAAUACAUAGUGAGUUAAAAGCUCUGCGUGUAAAACGUGCACUAGACAUUCGAAAAUUAACUCGUUUAGAACAGCCACAGCUGAAAUCAAGCAUUCCAAACCCAUUUGUUUUAGAAACAGAAAAGGGUAAAGAAAGUGAUAAAGAGGACGAUAUUCCAGAGAUGGAAGAAACAGAUAAUAUGAAAAACAGAUUAGAUUUGACAGAGAAUGAAAUAGCUAUUAUAUCUGAUGAGAACCAGCUCAGUGCUGAAGAAUUGCAAAUGUUUGAAUCCGAAAAUGUACAACUACUAAAUGAACUAAAUAAUAUGACAGAAGAAGUCCGUCAAAUUGAGAGCAAGGUUCUGCACAUAGCAGAAUUACAAGAAAUUUUCACAGAAAAAAUAUUACAACAAGAGCAAGAUAUUGACCGUAUCUCUACAACAGUGGUUGGUGCAACAGAGAAUGUUAAAGAUGCUAAUGAGCAAAUCAAACAAGCAAUCCAGAGAAACGCUGGACUCCGAGUUUACAUACUGUUCUUCUUACUAGUUAUGCUGUGCAGAUAUGUAAGAAGAAUCAGUUUUACUUGCCGGUAUCCCAGUAUUCAAGCAAAUCACUUUGUUAUAAGUCAAAUCGGUUUUGGUUCCGUAAAAGCUAACAAAGCUAUGGAAGCUGGUAAAACGAUGACAGUUCUUGGAUAUGCGUUCACUGCUGAGGGUCAAUUGAGAAAGUUAGACCCUGAGGGCCAACUAACUGAUGAACCAUUCCAAUUCAAUAUAAGUGAUCAGCAUCAAGAAUGCCAGGUGCACUAUGAAGAAUUAGGCAAUGCUGUUACAAACUAUAUUUACCACCUUCUAGAAGUAGAACACAAUUUAAUGCGACUACCAGUACCUACAGACACUAACCCUGGAUCAGGAACUUUCAUAUUUGCUUCAAAAGGUUAUGAUGUUAAGGAUGUUUUAAUGAUUUUAAUUAAUGGUUCUGGGGCAGUCCGUGCCGGUCAAUGGGCUAGAUCACUUAUUAUCAAUGAGAAUUUAGACAAGGGGACACAGAUACCUUAUAUAAAAAAAGCUAUUGCCAAAGACUAUGGAGUCAUGAUUUUGAAUACCAAUGACAAUUAUCAAGCUGAUGGUAAGAAAAUAAAGAACAGCAGUAAUGCAGAAGAACAUGCAAAAUAUGUGUGGGACACUUAUGUAGCAAAGGCCAAAGCCUCAUCAAUAGUCAUUGUUGCUCAUAGCUAUGGAGGGGUUGUAACAGUUACUCUAGCUGAUCAACUGAAAUAUGAUUUUGAAAGACAAGUUAAAGCUAUAGUGUUCACAGAUUCUGUCCAUGCAUUUUCACCAAUAAAAAUGCCCAAAUUUAUGAAAGAUAUUUCAAGGAAUUGGAUAUCUUCAUCAGCAGCUCUAGACACUCCAAUGAAAACUCCAGAAUUUGAUUGUCUUAGAGUGUCAGCAGGGCAUCCAAAGCAUGAGAUGUCUUCAAGUGCGUGUAUUGAUUCAGCAUUCAAAUUUAUUGAGGAAAAACUUGCUGGAAAUUAAAAACACCAGUCAAUUGCAUUAUUAACUAUAUAUUAAACAAAAUCUGUAUUAUAGGAGAACUGAGGACUCAAAUCAUGUUUUUGUUUUAAUUACAAAAAUAGACAUCUUGAACUAUUUUACGUUUUCUUUCCUUUUGAGUAAUGUUUCAUCCAAUAUUUUAAAUCUUGUUUGUUUGCCCUUACACCUAAAACAGCAGAUUUAGAAUUGACAUCUUUCAUGGCAAAAGGUGAAAAGCCAGCAGUGUAGUCUGGGUCUAAUGCAUUUGUUUUGUUUCUAGCUAGUUUAGUAGCAAAUCUUUUGUGAAUAUGUUGAUCCUCAGUAAGAAUUGGAUAUUGAAAAUGUUGUCCACCUCUUGGUGUGGGCAAACUAAAUCUUUUGCCUUUUGCUGUAAGGGGUUUACGACCAUUAAUGUGUAUGUGCUGAUUGCCUUCCUCAUCAAUGCUCACUCCUACCUUCCUCAGUGUGGCAUGACCACAUUUAGGACAAAAUAGCUUUGUCAUAACACUUGUGGUCUUGAAACAGGUUGUGCAUCGAAAAAUGAAAGUCCUUAGCUGUUUUAUUACUCUUCCAUCAAUUGCAGUUACGUGUAACCCAAUUUGUUUUAGAACAUUUUGCAUUGCAAAGUCAGAUGUAAUACAAGCAACUUCAACCUCUUUUUCUUCGAAUUCUCCUAGUUCUGUUUCUUUUUUCUUUUGUGCAAGAUUCCCUGGUGUGAUCCAUUCCCCUCCAUCACUAUCAGAUUCUUCACUAGUGUAUUCUUCUUCAUCUUCGGACUCUACUGUCACCAGUACAUUAUUUAUCUCAUCAUCUUUCAAAUCUAUAUUUUGUAUUAGAUUUGUGAUCUCUACAGUAUGUUCAUUACUAUCUUUUAACUUUGGUGUAAGCCCUUCUGUACUAGAGACUUCACAUGUGUUAUCCAGUUGAGUAUUUUCAUUUGACUCCGUAUCUGUACUUCCUGACAAUUCAGACUUCAGAGAUGUAUUGUUGAUAUCAACACCUUUAUCUUCUUCGUUAUUUUCUGGUUCAGGAUUAAAACUAGCUAUUCCAGUGACUUUCACAGUUCUCUGCAUUGUAGGUUCAGUUUUUAAAUGAUCUGCACCGACUUUUUCAUUUUCAAGCUGAUAUGUCAAAGCUAUAACCUUAAUAUCGGUCGCAGAAAGGCUUGUGUAGUCUCCGGUUUUCUUCGAGAAAUCAGUUACGAAUUUUAUGUGUUCUGAAAAAACCUCUUUGACUUUUAAAUCGUACGGUAACACUACGAGUUUUCGUCUUUGUCUGUCGUUGGUGAUUUCUUUUAUUACCUCUUGUAUUGUGUACACAUUCUCAGCCAUGUCUUGCAGGUUUGCAGCUUUGAUAAAUGCUGUUGUAUCUACAACUAAAUUCUUUAUUUUUUUCGACAUUUUUAACACGAAUAUAUUGAUUACUAAAUCAAUGCAUUCAAAGAGGAAAUAAACUGAAUUGAUGAAAUAAAUACAAUCUGCAGUGCACGUGUGUUCGUAUAAAAUUUUGACGUUCUUUUCCUUCUUUGUUUUUUGUCCGUAUUGGGACGGCCAAAGGAUUCUAAGUUCAUACAGCCUUGUCCGCAUAAAGUUAUCUGUAAUUUAGUUACGCUAUAGAGUGGUUGUCUGUAUUGAUUACCUAGUAUUUUUUAGACAUGGGCGUUUUUGGUUUUGAACGCAAACGGAUAUUUAUCGGAUUACAGAUUUCAAAAUCGAUUUUAAAAUCCGUUUUUAGAUAUCCGAUUUCAGAUGUGCCGAACUUAGCCAAUUCACUAGUUUGUGUUAUGAUUUGGUUUUAUUAGCUAACGACAAUCACAAACAAUUAAUUGUAGGAAGCAAGGAUACUCGUAGAUUUUCGCGAUUUUCCUUCAUGCUUUAAAUCUAGGCUUAGGACUAGCAGAAAAGUUAUGUUUAGGGUUAAGAGUAAAACUUUUGCGGCGCAUUUAAAAAUCGGCUUUUAUACAAUGAUUUCUUUUUACAUAUUUUUUUAGUAUUUUUUUUUGUUUUUCUGUUUGUUUUUAUUAUUUUUCAAACCAUUUACAAAAUCAAACCUAAUUACUUCAGGUUAGCGUCCAAAAAUGUAAGGUGCUCGACUUUUGAUGUUUUUAGACGACAUAUCUUUUCAGUGAUAAAUAAUCCCACCUCAGAGAAGAGCAAUAGAUUUCCGUAAACAGCAAAUCGAAAUCGGACUUCCGAGCACGAAAUCUGACUUCUGAAAACGAAAGCACGAAUUUCGAAUCCGAUUUACAUUUGGAUACUUGUGGUAUUAGAUCGCUAGCGUUUUGGUUCGGUUAGAUUUCUGAAAUCGGAUUUUCUUGUUGAGAAAUCGUUCGGUAUCGAUUUGUGUUUGAAAUCGGAUUUUGGAUUCGUUUUGAUAUAUCGGACGCAUGCCUAGUAUUUUUUGUUUUACUAAGUAAUAGAUGACAAUGGUGUCGACUCUGGCAUGAUUCUCUAAACCUAAACUUAGAUAUAACAACAGUGGUGUCGAUUCUGACACGAUUCUUUAAACCUAAACUUAAAUUUGACAACAGCGUAU